AGCUUAGCAUAGCUCAAUGUGGCAGCAGUGGACUACACACGGCUUCCAGCUGCAUCAAGCCGAGCAGGAUGAAGCAGAAGAAAGCGGGAACUUUCUCAGUUUUGCAAAGCGGUCGCGGGAAGUGCACCGGCGCUCUGCAGCCACUGUGUGUCUCCCUGCCCGAGAUCUUCAUCACUCUUCAUCACUCUCUCAGUACGGUCAGGAGUUCUGGGAGAAAAUCCUCAGAUAUCCCAGCGAGAACAGCUACGAUCCGUUCUAUGGAGAUCCAUUAAACAUGUUCUCCAGAGAACCCGCUGAGAUGGUGUGUACAGGAGUGAGGGGAGUGAGAGGAGUGAGAGGAGUGAGGGAGGAGAACCUCUCUGUGGACACCCUGCCGUCUCCGGCUCAGCUGAUGGGCAGAAGGAAGAAGGGAGGAGGACGAGUGCACAGAGGAGACGCAGCACAGAGACAAGCGGCUGCAGUCACACAGCACAUCGGAGACCUGAGGAGGAAACAGAGCGCCAUAGAGCAGAUGAAGAAGGAGAAGUGGUGGGGUUCGACGCUGGGUUACACUCCAGAGAACAGCUGCUCUUUUGAUGUCGGGAAUCUGACUUCUCCUGAGACUCCGUGGAGUUUGGACCCGUCUCACACACACACUCAGUACGCUGCACCGAGUCCAACACACCUGAACACCGGCACCGUUACCCCACAGGUGUUUGGUGGCUGUGAGGAGAUGAUGGAUCUCGCUCCCGGUGGAAACCCCAUGAUGUCGUUUGUGGUGACAGGAACAGCGCACAGAGAGGCUCAGAGGAACUGGGACACGCCCUGUUUGGACACGCCCUGUUUGGACACGCCUUAUGUAGCCACGCCCCAUCUAGACACGCCCCGUCCGUCUCACACCGAAUUCUGGGGUUUCCCUGCGAUUAUCUAGGAUUAGAACUUUUUUUUUUGCAUAUUUAUGAAUUCAUUUAACGUUCCUGUUCUCUUCAGAGAUUUUAAUUCUGAUUAUCAUUUUUAUUUUAUGUUUUUUCAUGUUUAACCCCUGACAUUUCAUCAUCAACUAUAAUCAUUAGUGUUUCCUGUUUGUUAUUUACUCCUGGUUUGUGUUUACAGGCAAGGCGCUGAGUGCUGUUCUGUCGAUCAGCCUGUGCAUUAAAGUGGAAAAAAGUUUACAAUUUAUUUAAGAUUCUUUCAUUUAGAAUAAAAUCUCCAUUAAAUAAAUAAAAACACUGUUCUAAACACUUUCCUGGAUGUCACGUCAACCUGAUCUUUCUCUUUACUUCCAUAAGCAUUAUGUAAGAUUUCAGUUUGUGAGGUUACUGAACGUUUUGGAUCAAUCAGUUAGCAUAUUCACGUGUAUUUAAAUAUUCUCGAAUUUCUAAUGACGAUAACGGGUUUAGCUAUUUCUUUGGAAAUUACAAAAGAAAAAAAAACAUAUGCUGAUGACCUUUUACUUGUAUCUCGAUCCUCACUGCAUGUGUGGUCUCAGCCCUAAACAUCUUUCAUCAGACACUUGGUUCCUUUUCAGGAUAUAAUCCAAAUAUUAGCUAAAGUAAAUAUUUCCUCUUGACAGUGCAGCAAAACACAUCCCAGCACUAACGUUGCCCUUUUCUUUGGCCCCCAAAUGAAAUCCCAUAUUUGGGAAUUAAUAUUUCAC